UAUAGAGAUAUUAUGAUUUGUCAAACAUUUAAAUGUAAUUUAGAAAUGUUAUAAUACAUAAAAAAAUGAAGUAAAGAAAACUUAAUUUACAAUGAUAUCGCAUAAUAAGCGAUAAUUAUGCGUUUUAAGUUUGUAAGAACGUUAUUAGUGCUUGCACUAUUAGGUAAUAUCAUUGUAUGGUAUAGAAUAUGGAGGUUAUUUGCUACACAAAACACUUUACGGUUGUUGACACCAAAUAUCGUUACUCCUGAUCCUCCACAAAAAUUUCAUCGUCGAUUAGCUCGAUUAGUAACUGUGGUUAUACGAGAAUUUGAAACUUUUGAAAAUGAUGUGACUUCAACUGUAGAGUCUGUAUUAAGCUUUUUUCCUACUAUACCAAUUUUAAUAAUAAGCAAUGAAUUGCCAUAUCCUCCAUUGGAUUUAGACUUUGCAAAUGAAAGUAUGCAGAACGUUAAAUUAAUAAAUUUGCAACCGGAAUUUAAUAAAUCUUAUGAUGAAAGAAAUCCUCUUUUUUAUGUACGAACAAAGUUUGUUUUAUUUUUACCUGAUGGUAGUCGACUUUCUAAGCAAAUCAUACAAGAAACUGUAUCACAAGCUACAAAAUUAGGAAUAGUUAGUGUACCAGUAGGAAGUAUAACUUUAAAUUGCAUUCAUAUAGAUUUAAAAGUGAAGGAAUGGAGUGUCAAGUUUUCAUAUAUAACUGGUAAUGAAUGUGAUGGAGUAAAUGGAAAACAUGCUACAAUGCUUGAAACUAAAUUAUUAAAAAAAUUAACUGAUCCUUUCUUAUUACCUUUUACGGAUGCAUUAUACAUUCAAACAACUGCAUUAGGAGCAAAGAUUCAUAUGUUAUCAAAUUAUCAUUUUAAUGAAGGAAAGUCAUUGUAUAAAAAUCAGCAAUUUCAAUGGAAGGUACAACAAUUAUAUCAAAAUCGCGAACGAUCUAUGUUUGAAAAGUUGGGAAUUAAAAAAGUUAUAAGAACUUCCAAUUCUAUAGAAUGGUAUGGUUGUUCUAGAGACAGUAUUAGAUGUUUUGGAUCAGUUAUAAAUGGUGUUCCUUCUUAUCUUUAUCAAAAUCGAUAUACCCCACCUUGUUGCCUCUCAGGAUUAAGGAAAGUUGCUCAUCAUGUAUUUGAUAAAUUAGAAGAAGUUGGUAUCAGAUUUUGGUUAGAAAGUGGAUCUUUACUUGGUGCUAUGAGAAAUGGUGAUAUUUUACCAUGGGAUCAUGAAGUACAAAUAGGAGUAAAUCGUGAUGAUCUUGAAAGAUCACCAUGGUUAAUUAAAGCCAUGAAUAAACCUAUUAUUGAUAAUCAUGGUUUUGUUUGGGAAAAAGCAACAGAAGGGGAAUUUUUUAAAGUGCAGUAUUCAAAAAUAAAUCAUUUAACUGUAAAUAUACUUCCAUUUUAUGUUAAAAAUGGUUCUAUGGUUAAAGAUGCAUGGUUUUUAAAUAAUAAAGAUUUUCCAGAGCAAUUUCUUCAUCCAAUGUCAAGUAUUGAGUUUGCUGGCAGACAAGUACCAUGUCCAAAUAAUAUUAGGGAUUUUUUAGAAUUGAAAUAUUUUAGAGGUGUGAUUGAAAAUCCAGAAAUUCCUGGUAAAAUUUCUUUUUAAGAUUUUGUUCAUUAAAAAUUAAUCUUAUAAUACAUCAUAUA